GGGAGGAGAAUGGCGGAGGGGGAGGUGUCCGAGGGCUGCCGCCUGCCCGUGCUGCGCCGUAACCAGGACAACGAGGAUGAGUGGCCGCUGGCCGAGAUCCUGAGCGUGAAGGACAUCAGCGGGAGGAAGCUGUUCUACGUGCACUACAUCGACUUCAACAAGCGCCUGGACGAGUGGGUGACCCACGACCGGCUGGACCUCAAGAGGGUCCAGGUGCCCCGCAAGGAGGCCAAGACCCCCACCAAGAACGGCCUGCCCGGCUCCCGGCCCGGCUCCCCCGACAGGGACCCGAGGAAGAGCCUGGAGCUGGCGCUGCCGGUGGCCCCCGCCAGUGGGAAGAGUUUGCCGGGGGCCACCGGGGCCACCGGGGCCAGCGGGCCAGCGGCGGGGCCAGCGGGGCCAGCGGGGCCGGGGCCCAUCACGCUCCGCUUGCACCUGCCCAAGGAGAGCGAGGCCGAGCCCCCCCAGCGCCCCACGAAGCGCAAGGUCGAGGUGGUGUCGCCGGCCACGCCCGUCCCCGCCCCCACCGAGACCUCGCAGGCCUCAGUCUUCCCCCAGAACGGCUCCGCGCGCCGGGCGGUGGCGGCUCAGCCGGGCCGGAAGAGGAAAUCGGCGUGCCUGGGGACAGACGAGGACUCGCAGGACUCGUCGGACGGGGCCCCCUCGGCGCCCCGCAUGACCGGGAGCCUGGUGUCGGACCGCAGCCACGACGACAUCGUCACCAGGAUGAAGAACAUCGAGUGCAUCGAGCUGGGCCGGCACCGCCUCAAGCCCUGGUACUUCUCGCCGUACCCGCAGGAGCUGACGGGGCUCCCGGUGCUCUACCUGUGCGAGUUCUGCCUCAAGUACGGGCACAGCCUGCGCUGCCUGCAGCGGCACCUGACCAAGUGUGACCUGCGGCACCCCCCCGGCAACGAGAUUUACCGCAAGGGCACCAUCUCCUUCUUCGAGAUCGACGGCCGCAAGAACAAGCUACUCCAGAACCUUUGCCUGCUGGCCAAGUGUUUCCUGGACCACAAGACCCUUUACUACGACACCGACCCCUUCCUCUUCUACGUCAUGACCGAGUACGACUGCAAAGGCUUCCACAUCGUGGGCUACUUCUCCAAGGAGAAGGAGUCGACCGAGGAUUACAACGUGGCCUGCAUCCUGACCCUGCCCCCGUACCAGCGCCGCGGCUACGGCAAGCUGCUCAUCGAGUUCAGUUACGAGCUCUCCAAGGUGGAGGGGAAGACGGGCACACCUGAGAAGCCGCUCUCGGACCUGGGGCUGCUCUCGUACCGCAGUUACUGGUCCCAGACCAUCCUCGAGAUCCUCAUGGGGCUCAAGGCCGAGGCCGGGGAGCGGCCCCAGAUCACCAUCAAUGAGAUCAGCGAGAUCACGAGCAUCAAGAAGGAGGACGUGAUCUCCACCCUGCAGUACCUGAACCUCAUCAACUACUACAAGGGCCAGUACAUCCUGACACACCCUGGCCAGUACAUCCUGACACACCUGUACAGGGUCAGUACACCCUGA